AUGGCGACGGCUCAGAACAUCACUGUAAGAGUAGGGGUUGUGUUAAACAUGGAUGGUUUUGGACAGAUGUCAUUCAACUGCUUAUCAAUGGCGCUUACGGAUUUCUACUCUACGCACAAACAAUAUAGAACGAAGCUGGUUCUUACCGACCGGGACUCCAAAGACGAUGCCGUUGGAGCAGCUGCAGCAGGAAAUGCAGGUCUGGACCUACUGAAGAACGUUGAAGUGCAAGCAAUCAUAGGUCCCGUGUACUCAAGUCAGGCUAACUUCCUUAUUUCUCUUGGACACAAAGCUCAUGUUCCUAUUAUUACCUUCUCAGCCACAAGUCCUUCUCUUUCAUCACUUCGGAGUCCAUAUUUCAUCAGGGCUACUCUAAAAGACUCUUCACAAGUAGGCGCCAUAGUUGCAAUUAUUCAAGACUUUGGAUGGAGAGAAGUUGUGGCCGUUUAUGAGAACACUGAAUUUGGAGAAGGGAUUCUACCAUUUCUGACUGAUGCCUUAGAACAGGUAAAUGUGCGCGUACCUUAUAGGAGUGUCAUUUCACCAUCAGCAACAGAUGAUCAAAUCCUUGCAGAGCUUUACAAGUUGAUGGCUAUGCAAACCAGAGUUUUCAUCGUCCACAUGUUGAACCCUCUUGCUUCUCGCCUGUUCACCAAAGUGAAGCAACUAGGAAUGAUGAGUAAAGAUUAUGCAUGGAUAAUAACAGAUAGCAUCACAAACGAUUUAAACUCAAUGGAUCGUUCUGUCAUAGCAUCUAUGCUAGGGGUAAUAGGGGUAAAACCUUAUGUUCCACAGACAAAGGAACUGGACGACUUUACAACUCAAUACAAGAAAAAGGUUCUGCAGAGCAAUCCAAAAGCCCUUGGUGUGGACAUAUACGGGCUAUGGGCUUAUGACUCAGCCAUUGCACUAGCCAUGGCAGCAGAAAGAGUAGGGUUAGCAAAUCUUACAUAUCAAGAGACAAACAUGUCUACAAGUUCUACAGAUCUUGAAGCCUUUGGAGUAUCAUUAAGUGGACCAGAGCUGAUUCAGGCUUUAUCAAACAUCACAUUCAGAGGCCUUGCUGGAGAUUUUCGAUUGGUCGAUGGUCAACUCCAAGCGCCUCCAUACGAGAUAGUCAAUAUGGUAGGUCCAGGAGCUAGAGGCAUAGGAUAUUGGACGAAAGAGAGUGGGAUUGUUAAAGAACUGAACAUCACAAUUGCAUCCAAAAAAAACUAUGCCACUUCCAAGUCCAACCUUGGGCCCACUAUAUGGCCAGGCGACGAACCAUCUCCACCUAAAGGUUGGGUGGUUCCUACGAGAGGGAAGAAACUGAGAGUAGGAGUACCUGUAAAGGCUGGUUUCACUGAUUUCGUUCGUGUAACUUGGAAUUCCGACAAUUCUACAACAGUGGAAGGAUACUGCAUAGAUGUUUUUAAUGCAGUGAUGGCAGCACUACCAUACGGCGUGCCGUAUGAAUACAUUCCAUUUGCAACUCCUGACCACAAGAUGGCUGGUAAUUACAAUGAGUUGGUCUAUCAAGUGUACCUUGGAAACUAUGACGCUGUGGCUGGAGAUGUAACAAUUCUAGUAAAUAGGUCACAGUACGUCGACUUCACUCUGCCAUAUACUGAGUCUGGUGUUUCAAUGGUUGUAAAAAUCCAAGACGAUAAGAGGAAAAAUACAUGGCUUGUUUUUAAACCACUGACUUGGCAACUGUGGAUCACAACCUUUAUCUCUUGUGUUGCGGUUGGGUUUUUGGUUUGGCUUCUUGAACGCGAGAAAAAUACAGAAUUCGGUGGGUCUACUUUGCAUCAAUUAGGCAUGAUAUUCUGGUUCGCCUUCUCCACCAUGGUCUUUGCUCACAGGGAGAGGGUGGUAGGCAACUGCGCCAGGUUUCUGCUGAUCAUAUGGCUCUUGGCAGUAUUUGUAUUAACCCAAAGCUAUUCCGCUAGUCUUACAUCCAUGUUAACAAUCCAGAAGGUAGAGCCAGCAAUUACUGAUAUUAAUGCGCUUAUAAGAAACAAGGACUAUGUAGGCUACUCAAACACAUCAUUUGUUUUUGGAUUUCUGAAAAAACAUUUUGAUGAGUCACGGCUUCGGCCAUUCAACUCAGCGGAGCAAAUGCAUGAACUUCUCACCAACGGGAGUGCAAAUGGUGGAAUAGCUGCUGCCUUUCACGAGAUCCCGUAUUUAAAGCUGUUUCUAGGCAAAUACUGUUCGAAAUACAUGAUGGUCGGACCCACGUAUAAGGCUGAUGGUUUUGGAUUUGCCUUCCCAAUAGAUUCUCCUCUAGUACCUGAUGUUUCAAGAGAAAUUUUGAAGGUAACCGAAGGCCAAAAGAUGGUGGAGAUUGAGACAACGUGGUUGAAAAAAAACGAAAAAUGUCCAGACCCUGACACCUUAAUUCCACCUAAAAGUCUUGGCCUGUCAAGCUUCAAGGGAGUCUUUGUUAUGGUAGCAAUAGCUGUAAUUGUAGCCAUUAUAUUUAGAACCUCAUGUGGAAUUAAGAUAUGCCCUCGUACUGAACUCGAUCUGGAGGAGAUAAAAGAUUUUGAUGAGUUACUAAAGUGGUACAGGGAAAACCGUCAUCCACAAAAUCCUCAGAAGAUGAACGGAGAGAUUGAGCUUGGUGAUCGGAAUGGAUAACGAAAUAACAACCUCAACAUCCGCGCAUAGAAAGAUUAAUAUUUUCUUCCUUGAUUGAGGAGGUGUUAUUGUAACUUAUAAAUCUAUUGCUACAUGCUUCAUUUUCUUUUCCUUAAAGUCUCUUAUCAGGACUUGGAGCAACAAGUUCUCUUCUAUUUCCUUUCAUGUUCUUACCUUUGUACUUUACUAUAAUUAUUACAUAUAAAUUGGAAUUCUGUUUUGGUUAUUUAUAAUUUUAUGUACAUCUAAAACUCGUCCCAGUUUGAAUUUUCGGUUGGGUCCUUCAGUGACACUAGUAAUCGAACUUUCAGUAUGAGGGUAUUCCAAAAGAGUGUAUCCAAAUAUAAACCUAAAAUCAUGUCGUAGAACUCAAAGUUUGCUGUCUGUCUUAGAAACUUCUACUCACCCCUUCCACAGUCCCACUAGAACUCCUCCUCGUUAAAGUAAAUGCCUACUGAGGGAUGCCAUUCACUAAGAGUCCAUACAUAUUCUUUUAGGAAUUUCAACAAACACGAAAUAGGCAUCAACACCAACACUAACAAAAAAACACAGAAUACACAGUAGUUUCUACAAUUGAUCCCAAAAAAUAAACGGACACAUAAAUUAGAACAAAUUUUGUUAUAAGGAUUUCCAAUCAAGAUUAGGUCAGAUAUACUUGGCGUUGAACGAAUCCAAAGUGGUUGAUAUAAAUAGAGAAGAAAAAAACAUAUACAGCAAGUAAAA